CCAUGACCCAUACUCAAUUAGGGGCUAAAGCUCCAGACUCGCGGGUGGGUGUGAAACAGAGAGGCAGGGCAGGGGAGGAGCGCGCAGGGCACUAUGGGGCCUGACAAAAGCCCCUGCGGGUCAAAACACUGCGGCGUGGAACUUUCGGAUGCUGGAGAGAGCAGAGGCGGGGCUGGAGUAGGUGGGUGGGUAUGACACGCGGGGCACUGUGGGAUACAGUGUGGACCGUGUGGGACCCGACGGAAGCCUCGGUGGGUCAACCUAGAGAGACGCGGGAAGUCUGGACGCGGGUGCACUCUGAAGAGGUCUGAGGCGGAGGCGCGGGCCCCUGCGGCGGCCAUGGCGGAGAGGCCUGAGGACCUAAAUCUGCCCAACGCUGUCAUCACCAGGAUCAUCAAGGAGGCGCUCCCGGAAGGUGUCAACAUCUCCAAGGAGGCCCGGAGCGCUAUCUCCCGCGCCGCCAGCGUCUUCGUACUGUACGCCACUUCGUGUGCCAACAAUUUUGCUAUGAAAGGGAAGCGCAAGACUCUGAACGCCAGUGAUGUGCUCUCGGCCAUGGAAGAGAUGGAGUUCCAGCGGUUCAUUACCCCCCUAAAAGAAGCCCUGGAAGCAUACAGGCGGGAGCAGAAAGGGAAGAAGGAAGCUUCAGAGCAAAAGAAGAAGGACAGAGACAAAAAGACAGAUUCAGAAGAGCAAGACAAGAGCAGGGAUGAGGACAAUGAUGAAGAUGAGGAAAGGCUGGAAGAAGAAGAACAGAAUGAGGAGGAGGAGGUGGACAACUGAAUGGGGUGGGGAGAUGGAGGCACCUUGGAAGGUACCACGCUGAAAAUGUGGUACAUGUUUAUGUGAAGCUUUUCCCUGGUGGGCAGAGUAGUCUUAGGCUGAAGUGCCUGAGAAAAUGGAAAUAAAACUGACCAAACAAUACCAGGGCUUCCUAGACUCAGAGCAUCUAAGUAGCCCUGUUUUGCUUAAUCAGUCUGAAGGUUAUGACUUUUUGACAAGAGAUUCUGAACAGCUGAUGGAAUUAGCCAGUUUGAUCUCCCUUGUUUAGUUAUAUAUAUGGUUAGGCAGUUUUUUAUCCCCAUUUUCCCCUCCAGAAACUAAGUAAUAAUAAUAACUUCCAUACUGUUUGCUGUGUUCCAAAUCACAGAGGCAGUUGAGGCUCAGGAAAAAUUUGGGCUUUGAUCAUAACAGCCUAUGUUUGAUUGUACAGUAUUUGGCAAUACCAGCUUAUUAAGAGUGAUCAGAAUGGUUUGGCUUUAGGAGACUAAAAAAGUGUGGGAGAAAAAUGAAACUGGUUCUGUUGUUUCUUCACUUGACAGUAGCAUUAGUUGAAUCUCAAUUUCUACAAACCCAUUUGGCUUGGAGCCCUUCUGAAUUGCCUGUAGGCAUUUGACCUGCUGGGGUGGCUGUCCUCUGGACAUAAAUGCUUUCAAAGUAGCAGUAUAGAGGAUAAUUAGUCAAGGAAGGGUGCCAAUGUCUUCUUACAAAAAUACAUGGCUCAGUCUAGGAUGCACCUCCCUGCCUGCCACUGUACAACUUUAGGAUUUAUUUUCACCAGCUGGAAGGUAUAAAAUUCCAGCCUUUCUCUUCUUGUAGUCCAUCUCCGACUUGUGACUAUGGCUUUCAUUCUUUAAUUCAUGACAAGUUCCAAACUUCAUUUCUUCUAGGUACAACUUUCUCCCUCUGCUUCCCUCUUCCUGUCUGUCUCUUUGUCUGCCUCUCUGUUUCUUAUUUCCACGUUCUCUCAACCCUCCUUUUCUCACCUUUUCUGCCAAUCUAGGAACUUUGAUAACCUGCUUAAUAUCCAAAAGUGCAGGUUCCUCUGAUUCCUUAGUUCUAAUCUCGUGUCUUUUAAAAAUGAUUUUGUAAAACCCCUAUGAACCUUAAGGAAACUCUGAUGGUGCUCAGGAAUCUAAUUCCCCCCAACCAUCCCUUUUUAACUACUUCUAAAGUAUCUCUGUUGGUCUCUUUUAGCCUUUUUCUCUUUCCUUUCAGUGCCUCAAGCACUUUUUUGUUUGUCUCUGAGUUGAACACUUGGAGUUUGACGGGUAGUGACGUGUAGGUUGGCAUUGUUCUUGUUAAAUGAAUACAGUGAAAAGUUUCUUGAUAAGUGAGUGAAGAAUCUUGAAAAAAUUUAUAAUGCAUUGUAUAAAUAAAAUAACCUUCUUGUUAAAAGUGA